AUGCUGAUUGACCUGGGCAUCGAAGAGAGAGUGAGUCUUUCUGUUGUGAAUGUGUCUCAGCCGUUCUCGGGAACUCAUCACACUCCAGAUACUUGCUUUACUGGGGACAAUGCGACAUCAAAUGACACUCAGUUCAGCAAGCUCGAUGAGCUGCCAAAUUCCUUCCACGAAGCUAAUCGGGUACAGUGCUUCAAUCAUACCCUCAAUCUUGCGGUCAAAUCAAUUUUGAAGCCAUUCAAUCACAAGUCGAAGGACCAGGAGGCUUCUAGUGAGCUGAGCGAUGACAACAAUGAUGAUGAACUGCCAGAUCUCUUGUCAGACUCGGAUGACAGUGACGAUGAUCGUGACGAUGAAGGGGAGUUAUGGGACCUCAGCAACUCGGAUGAUCCUGAAGAAGUGGAUGAACUGGAGGAGCUCGAUGUUGCCGAUAAGAAUAUACUUCUUGCAGACACUGCUGCAGUGCGAUCGACAUUAGUAAAGCUCCGGGGUCUCACUUAUGCAAUUGUACACUCUACGACUGUCGCACUACCCAUGUGGUACAGAGCGUGCAAGGCUCACAGAGUCCUGAGCUGCCUCAUCCCUCGCGAUGUUGUUACGCGAUGGAACUCCACCCACACUAUGAUCGUGUUUGCACUCAAAUACCGUCAUCCUAUCGAUGAUAUCACGGGCAACAAGGCACUCAAGCUACGCAAGUAUGAGCUUGACAACGAUGACUGGAGGAUCCUGGAAGACCUCGUUCACAUCUUAGAGAAAUUCAAAAAAGCGACAUUGUUUUACUCACAAGAUGCCGUCGUAACCAUCGCCAAUGUUAUACCAAGUAUGGAUACCAUCGACAAAAUGCUUAAACCCGGGAUAGGUUCACGAACAUACCAUCCUGCGAUUCAGGCCGCUAUGAAGCUCGGAAAGGCGACCAUGAACAGGUAUUAUUCGAAGACUGACCUUUCGAAUGUUUACAGGAUCACCAUGGUGCUCCACCCAGGCCUUGAGCUAGAAUACUUCUGUCAGCAUGCAUGGGAGGCCAAUUGGAUUGAGGAAGCAAAACGGCUGACACACGAAGAAUACCACAAGCAUUAUGAGAAGAACACUGAUGGCGCACAAGGCGACGCUCACAAUGAAGCCGUGGCUUCUGACGACGAAUUUGGUGAUUUCGCUAACAUUUCAGUCGCCAUGAAGCCCUCUGCGAGAAACAAACUAGAAGAAUACCUUGCAGCUCCCCUCGAGAAGGUCAGGGAUCCGCUGCGGUGGUGGUGGGAUUCUCGGAAGGCGUACCCGCACCUUCAUCGCAUGGCUCUCGAUUAUCUCUCUGUACCCGCUACCUCCACUGCGAUUGAACGCGCGUUCUCGCAAGGAUGGCAAUUGCUACAUUUCACUCGGAACAGACUUUCUCCAAAAUCCAUUUGCGCUGCACUUUGCCUUGGCUCUUGGGGUAGAUCAGAGUUACUGCAUAUUGCUGAUCUUAUAGCUGCAGUGAACAUGAAGAAGCGCAAGUGGGCUGUUGUAGAAGAGGAGGUGGACGAGCAGGCGUAG